AAUUAUUGAGACAGAUAACAUCAGGUUUUACAGAUACUGCUGAUAUAACUGAAAAAAAGCCCUUCAUUACAUAUCAACAAAAAGUCAAAAACGGACAAACAAUGACAACUAAGCUUGACUACAUAUUCAUCGAUGAAGAUUACGCUCAUUUAUGUCAUAGGACUGAAACUCGUUAUGGAAAUUCAGACCACUUGUUGAUACCUAGAAUGAAGGAGGAAAUAAUUGAAGAAUUGCUGAAUGUAAAAUGCAAAGAGGAUUGGGAUCUCUUCAAAACGCGAAUUCAAUCAAUAUUUAGAGCCUACAAACCCCCACCAAAACCAGAAUCAAGGCUUCAGAAGCUAAACAAGA